UUGAGAGGACGGGAAGGGAGUGGACGGAGGCCGUGAUUGGGACCGUCCGCCCGCGUUUCUGACGGCGACCCAAUCAUCGGACCACCUGCAGUGGGGAUCGAGGGAGACAGACUCCGGUCAACCAGAUGUGGGAAGCCAAUGAGACCAGAGGGAAGCAGAACAUCCAUCGCCUGCAGCUCUAAAUUUAGCCGCCCGGGUUGGUCUGGGAGGCUGGAAUGUGUAUCACGGGCGCCAAAAGCACGCAAAUCAGAUGCCAUUUUCAUCCCAACGUUGGCAUGUCCCCCCAGUCGGAGAGAAGCAGGUAUGUACUGGUCUUUCCCCCAGUCACCCACAACAGCCAGUGAUGUUCCCUUGGGGUCAAGGAAGGUGUAUGGGAUAGGAAGUGAUGGGCAAGGGUAAGUGGGUAUGCUUCUGAUACAACACAGGGGGUGGAGGAAUGAAAUCAUAUGUGUAUCAGAAACCACAGAGCGUAAUCAGCAACGCGAAGCGCUGUCGCUUUUCAUGAUCAUGGUUCUUUUUUUUUCCCUCCCCCCUCCUCUCUCUUCCUCUUUUGGACCUCUUGUCAAGGGUCAAAUGCAAAAGGGGAAAGUUGACAAGAAAAAA